CACUUAAAUAGGUGCAUAAGCGAGUUGGUUGGAAUCGGUUAAAGUCGGGACAAUUCGGAACCAAUCGGGCAACGACGAGGAGUCGAGACGAGCGAAGCAGUGUAGUACGUGUGGAGCGGACUGUUGUGUGAUUUGAACGGAGAGGGCAAAAAAGAAGUGACCGAAGAGGUAUCAUUGCUGGAUCAAAGAACACGAUCAUUCAUCGUUCUACAAGUUCUUGCAGAUGGACAGUCAAAAGAAUACCGACUGCUACUUUUUCUACUAUUCAACAUGUACAAAGGGUGAUAGCUGUGCAUUCAGACAUGAAAUAGCUGCCUUGGGCUCGGAGAUCAUGUGUCUAAAUUGGCAGCAGGGUAAUUGCCUCAAGGAAUCCUGCUGCUUCAGGCACAUGGAAUUGAAGAAAAAUCGUAGAUCGAUUCCAUGUUACUGGGAAACACAACCAGGUGGCUGCAAGAAACUACAUUGCUCGUUCAAGCACAGAAAAGCUCCUCGAGACAGCAGCACGUAUUCCAUCCAUCCUGUGAGGACUCCAACCUUCCCACCAAAACCAGCAAAUCCGGAGCGGACCAAUCGUCAGGUAGACGACGCAAAGUACGACGGCAGCAGCACUGAAUCCGAUCAAGGUCGGGGAAGCAGUGAGGCCGGUAGUUUCAUCGGAAGUCCAGCCGUCGAUCCUCUUAUCGUCAACUUUGAAGAAGAGUCUGACAAUGAAAGUGUACCUUCGCCGAUAAAGCCACACACGCGUGUGCCCUAUUGUAAGACAUACGAGGAGAUCAGACUGGAGGAGAUACAAGCUGAGAGUGCUGCCUACUACUCCUACGAGCCUGACGACUACCUGGGCGACGUCGGCGGUGGAAAAUGCAAGAAAACGUCACGCACCAGGAGAACCAUAUGCCUUUACUCCAAAGACCAGCUGGACCGGGUCAGGAAGACCGAAUCAUCGUCAGACUUGGAUUUCAAGGUACUCAGUCUGGACGAGAUACGACGUAGGAAAAGACAGGCUAUUGACCAGGAUGGAAACAGGAAAUUAAAGACACCAGACGAGAUGGCUGAGGUCAUCACAUCCGGAGAGUCUCUUAAUAUUGCAAUCAAGACCUUGGCUGAAUUACGCGCCUCCAGGAUGGUGGCUCAACCGACUAUGAGUAAACAGGAAACAGCUCUUGAACCUGCCAGCAGUCAGGAUGAGCCUUUUGAGUCCAAGGCUAUCUCCGUGGAGUCUGGUAGCCUUAAGGUACCUCCGGUUAGACUGCGUCGCUCGCCUAAAAAGCUAACGCGUAGAGAUCGUUUUAUGAACCUCAGCAACAAGAGUAAUGACUGUCCUAAUAAAAGCAAUGACAUGCUCAAUGAUGAUCAGGAUGAUAUACAGAUGGAUGUAUCUGCUGAUGUUGCGUGUAGAUUGGACGAGAAGGCCUCCAGAUCUGUCGAGGUCAGGCUUUGUGACAGUAGUACAGACGAUAAGAGAUCCACCGAUUUGAAACCCGUAGAAAGUGGCGAUGCGCGGAUGGAUGAUAAGGAACACAUUUGCGACAGUCUCUUGCAAGCGAAUGACGAGGAUUAUCUGAUGCUUGACACGACCUCCGAGGAUAUAUUAAAAGACAUAGAUGCGCUGCUUACGGAUAAGAGAAUGAUCUGAGGUCUUGUCAAUGUAGAGAGUAUUUGGUACUUAAUUAAGCGGUAAAUUUGAAUAGGCUGCUCUGACACGUGAUUAACCGAAUAAUACUUUUGGUCGUGUUAGCUCUCGAAUUUUACUGCGGAUUUAUUCAAAUUUUAAAUCGGUAUCUUUUUAUUCCGUAUGUUGUUACGAUUAUGUAAUAUUAGUUAUAUCAAUUGCGCCCUUAUUAGCCGAAGAUACAAGAAUGUCAAUGGUACAUCUACGAUGGUUACACUUCUUCGUCGAUUAUUCGGAACACUGUGUGUCUCAUCGUGUUUCGCUCCUCGACUUCUACGACUCUCGAUCCUCGUACUGGCUUUGUAGAAGAUAAUUACAUACCUUAAUAGUCGAUGUACGUAGAACUCAUUGUGGACGUAGCCUUUUUUUCUUUUUAUAUGCCGCGUUUGUCCAACCUCGUUGGCCGGUUUGGUUUCCAUAGACUCGGAGGAAUCGUUGAUUUUCCUCGAUAAAUCAUGAUAUACAAUUAUUAAUUCUUCUUGAGAUAUUAUUGUUCAGUCCAUGAUGCCAAGGACAUUGAUUUAACGUCAUUAGAUAAUUUUCAUGAUCGCUAAAUAACACUCAUUCAUUAGUUACUAGUCCUUAAAGGAAUCACAUCACAGACGAUUUAGGUGCUAUGACCUUUCUUUUUGUUUUAUCGGUACUGCUUAAAUAACUAUAGACGUUUCGAGUUGAUUUUACUCUUGAAAAAUAUUUCUUCUCGUUUCCACUGUUUUUCAUGUUUGCGACAACAUUUCGACGGAAUUUGAAGUUUCUAACGAGUACCUACAUUAGAUGAUAACGUAUAAUGAAAUUCACUGUACAAAAUGACUUCUAGCAAGAAUAUACGAUUGUUACAUUUGCAAAAAAAAUCAAGAGGAA